CUGAGAGAGAUACAUGCAGGUGUUAACUGGAGGUGGAGAGAGGAGCGUACAAACUGCUGUCCGCUGGAACUCUUCUCAGAGGACAUGAGGGGAUGCGUUUCGGUGCCGGUGGCUGUCCGUCCUCAUCUCCUUCACAUAGAAAGUCGCCUCCUAUGCCGAGCGGAGACGCAGGUAUAGAGUCUUCUUCCACCUGGCAGCCUGCUUCUUCCCAUCCCGGCGCUCCACGCGCCGCACCUCUCAUUUCUAGCGAGCGGAAGGAGGAAGGCAGGGAGGAGGUGGAGGUGGAGGGGGGAGGUUUUACUCGGCGGAGAAGGGGAAAAUAACAUCACGUUAAAUGAGUCGCGCGUCCCUUUUGGGUGCCGUGCGUUAAAGCCGUGGUUAAUGUGAUGCCGGGUCUGCAAGCAGCACAGAUGACUUGAGCCUCGUUCUGCAAAGAGAAGACUCACCGAUAACCAUGGCUGACCAGUACAGUAUGUUUCUAACGACGGCACCCCCGCUUCGACGAGGGAGCACACCCCUGCCUGUCAAGCACCAGCUGCGAAGGGAAGAGGCCGUAUCCGAGGACUGUGAUUGGAUCCCAGGCUUGGAGGAGCCUACCACGUUGCCUAUCAGUGACACAGCGGUGCCUCGGGAUGAGUCCUUCAGCCAAUCGGCUGCUGCCCAGUCAUCUUACCACAGCCAUGGCGGGGCACUGAGGAUAGUGCUACUGGGACAGAAUGGCGUGGGCAAGUCGUCGCUGGCCUUAUCUCUGGCCGGGCAGUCAGACAGAUCCCUCUCUAUAGACUCUGAGACACAAGCAUGUGGUGAGGGCUAUGAGUAUACGGUGACAGUGGACGACGAGGACAGCAAAGUCAUCAUUUUUGACAACUGGAAACAGGACCUCUCCACACUGCAGUGCGAUGUGUGUAUCCUGGUCUUCUCAGUGACAGACAGGCGAAGUUUUCACCGCACCGCCCAGCUCCGCCUCCUUCUCAGGGAGUCCCAGCCACAAACCCCAAUCAUCCUUGUGGGCAACAAGAGUGACCUAGUGCGGUCCCGUGAAAUCAGCUCCGAGGAGGCCCAGUCCAGCGCCAUGAUGUUUGACUGCCUCUACUUGGAGCUCUCUGCUUCCUUAGAACACGGCACCAGUGAGCUGCUGGAGGCGGCAGUGCGGACCGCGAGAGGAGACUGCGUGGGCCCCGGAUGGACGGACGGUGACCCCGGUGCUGGCCGCAGGGAGAGCCUGACGAGCCGGGCCAAGCGCUUCCUGGCUGGUCUCGUGCCCCGAUCGUACGGCCGAGACAGGGACCGGGAUCGAGGCCGCUACAGGGAGAUGAGCCGCCACAGGGGCAGCAAAAUCCUUCGGCAGAAGUCCCGCUCCUGUCAUGACCUCAGUGCACUGUGACACACACCCACACACAUAAAUGCAGGCAAAUAGACACACUCAACAUGAACACAGACAUACACCAAAUUGAAAGACAUGGAGGUGGGUGGGGGGCUAAAAGACUGAGGAGUAAAAGGAGAUCGAGUUGGAGGGACAACAUGAAAAGGACUGGAGCAGGCUCACGGGAAUGGGAAAAUUAGAGAGGUGUAAGGAGAGAAAUUUAGCCGCCGAAGAGGAAGGUCAGGGGAGGAGAAAGUGGGAGAAAACAAUGAACAGAUAGCCCGAAACUCAUUUCGGGAGAACAAAAAAUCAACGAUAAGGAGGUGAGCUCCAUUUGUUGCUCUGGCUUGGGUGAGUCAGUGAGCACUCGCUACCUGAUGAGAGCCGGCGAGGGAAGAUUAGCAUGAGAGUUGGAUCAAACUGGCGAUUUGACGCUUAAUGUCACGAAAUGAGAAACAGACUGGGGUCACAAAUAAACACACACCCAAGUAGCACGCACUGAUAACGUAGAGACUGAUAGCAAUCUAAUGUAUACCUGUUAUAGACCCUGUUUUAUAGCAUGCAGAGUAGACAAUUUAAGACAUGAUCCUGUAGGUUUUACAGUUACACGAUUCUGUACCUCAGUGGCCAAUAGCUAAUGCACAAUCUAGCUAGUGUCUCUAGCAACACCAUCUCAAAGGCAAGACUAUUUAUAAAAGUGCUCCAUCUCCACGCAUCUUUGGCCACUUUCCACACUGCAUCCACUGUUCUGUCCCCAUAUUGAUUUAAAGUAGUGUUUGAUGAUACUGCCUGUGGCACAUGUUCAUUUGAGACUUUUAUACACGGUUUAAAACGUCAGCACCCAAGCCAUAACUUUGCUGAACGCACCACGAGUGAUCAGCACAAAGAACCCUUUACUGGAGGAUGUGAAGCAAAGGAGAAAAGGUCAAGACGGCUGUAAGGACUAAGCCGUUGGCAGGGAUAACCAGACUGAACUCUUCUUCAAUCGAAGCUGAGUCACAGAACAUUGAGAUACUCUCGAAGCGCAGGGGGACAAAACAAGAAAACCUAAUCUACCUGUGGCUGUUUGAUGUAUUCCUUCUCUUCCCUUUUUUACCCACCGGCAUCAUUAUUAUGAUGAAUGAUGAUGAUUCUUAUAAUCAUUAUUAUUAAUGUUAUUAUUAUUAUUAUGUGUGUUUCGACUGAAUUCUGUGGGGGCUGGCCACACAGGUGACCCAGAAAAGAACGUUCUGGAAACGUUGUUCUGAUAUCUCAUCAAGCGUGGGGGCGUCACUGACACUUCCUCACUUGUUUGUCAUCGUCAACUGAGCACUCUCGUCUUUACCACUGAGAAUAAAUAAAGAUUUCUUUGACAUCCA